CACACUUCCUGCGCACGUGCGGUCCACAUUAACUUGCGUUGUGUUCCUAGGUAGCUUUGACUUUGAAAAGCGUAUUGUUAUUUACUAAUUAAUGUAUUGAUUUUCGUAUUGGAACGUCGACGCGAGGCUGCACGGCCAUCUGAUCUGUCUGGACACGUGAGAUGGAGAGGAUGAACAUCGAGGAGAAUAAAGUGAAUGAGGAUAUGACCGAUGAUGAUGAAGAAUCUGGAGAAAUGCCCAAGAUUGAAGCAGAUGAGGAUGACGAUGAAGAACUACAUGAUGAGGAACUUAAAGAACAGGCUGAAGGUGAUCCCAAAGAGAAAAAGGUGUCAGUAGGCAAGACGUGUCUGCCUGGAAUAGUGUAUUUAGGUCAUAUACCACCAAGACUGAGACCCAAGAAUAUGCGCAACAUGCUGAGUCUGUAUGGGGAGAUUGGAAGGAUAUUCCUACAGCCUGAAGACCGGUCUGUGAAGAGGAAGAAAAAGAAAGCUGGCACCAAGGCAUGCAGUUUCACUGAGGGCUGGGUGGAGUUCAGGGACAAGAGAGUGGCCAAGAGAGUGGCAGCUAGCCUCCACAACACACCGAUGGGCGCCCGGAAAAGGAGCCGCUUUGUCAGUGACCUUUGGAACAUCAAGUACCUCCACAGGUUCCAGUGGUGUCACCUGAGUGAGCGACUGGCCUAUGAGAUGACUGUGCUCCAGCAGCGCCUCAGAACUGAGAUCUCUCAGGCCAAACGAGAGACCAACUUCUACCUGGCCAAUGUGGAGAAGAGCCAGAACAUGGACAAACUGAGGAAGAAGAGGGAGAGGAAGGGCGAGAAGAUAGAGGAGAAGACUUGGAACUUCACCCAGCGACAUACAGAGGAUGAGAUCCAGAUGAGUCGCCUGCGUAAACAGACCAUGUCCAAGAAGAACCUGCUGAAGGCCCAGGACAAGGCUAGGGACAUACAACAGAAGUCCCAGUCCAACGUCUCUCUGCUGGCCAAGAUCUUCAACAGCAGCAAAGCCAGGGACUGAACCUAGCCCGGCAGUUCUGGUCAAACACAGUAUCCCAGGACUGGUCUCGUUCAGUAUCACAAUUAGAGCAACCUUUUGCCCCUGACACUUGCUGGUGUUGUGAGCGACACUGAGAGGAUGGGCUCUGUCCAGACACACACAGACUCGAGGGAAAAAUACGGUGUUCUCCAUCAGUAUAAUUUGAUUAUAAAUGUAGGAGAGACUUGGACAGAUCCUCUUUUUGGUUUAAUGUGUUGUAAACUAUAAGCUAUGAUGCAGUAACAAUGUGUUCAACACCAUGGAAAACAUCUGCUCAUACUGUAUGUGCUAUUUGGAAACAUUAAACGGAAAUACCUCUUA